AUGCCUUUUCAAUGGGUCUCUUGUCCAGCAGAGGAGCUGGAAAUCCUGCUUUUUGGACUGCAGCUGGCAUCAUUAGUCCUUGCUCUGCUCUGCAGCUUUGACACUCGAAUACUCCUCUCCACUGAUCCCCGAUACAGGAAAAACAAAGCUGCAGCAGACGAGGGCGACGCUGAGGCCGAGCAGGAGCUGCGCAGAAAGAUGGCAGCUGAGAAUCUUGCUGAACUUCGUGAUUGGCUCUUCCUGCUCCUCCUGGUCCUCACCUUAUUGGCCGAGGUACUGGAGCUGGCGGCAGCAGCAAUUGCCAUGGAGACGGGCGAGGGAGAUGAUGGCAUUGUUUGUCCCUCAGUGUGCCGCUGUGAUGUGGGCUUUGUAUACUGCAACGACCGCGGCCUGAGUAUAAUUCCUCCGCUACCAUUAACGGCGGCCAUCCUUUACUUGCAAAACAACCGUCUGAGUAACGCUGGGUUGCCCCCAUCACUGGAACGCAGCACUUCCAUACGAGUGAUUUACCUCUAUGCCAAUCAAUUGGACGAAUUCCCAAUACACCUUCCACCUUCCUUAAAAGAGCUCCAUUUGCAGGAUAAUAAUAUACGAACGUUACCGCGAUCUGCUCUUGCAAAGCUACCAUUACUAGAACGCUUACACCUGGAUGAUAAUUCUAUAUCCACAGUUAGCAUACAGGAACGAGCGUUUUCUGGGACUCCCCGGCUUCGACUGCUGUUUCUGUCUCGGAAUCACCUGUCAAGCAUCCCUGCAGGCCUCCCAGCAUCACUGGAAGAGCUGCGACUGGACGACAACAGAAUCAGCACCAUCCCCACCCAUGCCUUCCGCGGGCUCUCAUCCCUUCGACGUUUGGUCCUGGAUGGGAACCUGUUGGCUAACACGCGCAUCGCAGACGACACCUUUUCACGCCUGUCCAACCUGACAGAGCUGUCACUGGUCAGGAAUGCCUUGCAGUCUCCACCCGUCAACCUGCCUUCGGCUCACCUUAUUCGUCUCCAUUUACAAGACAACGGAAUGACCCACAUCCCAAGGGGGACUCUGGAUGGGAUGCGGCACCUCCAGAGGCUCGACCUGUCAGGGAACAAUCUGACCAGCCUUCCUCGAGGCCUUUUAAGAGACACAGAGGGCCUGGACAUGCUGCUGCUCCGAGGAAACCCCUGGUACUGUGGCUGCAAUCUUCGCUGGCUUCACGCCUGGCUGCACGGAAGGGGGUCAGCAGUGACAGUCAGGGGUCUCACCUGUCAGGGGCCUGACCCAGUGAGGGGUCAAGUACUCAAAGACCUAUCAUCGCUGAUGGAUCAGUGUGAGGGCCCUCCUGCUGGUCCCAGUACAGGGGCAGGGAUCAAUCCAGCAGAAAAAGAUGGAGUCGGUGAAGAUGAUGUUGGGGGUGGACAAGGUAUGCCUCCUGGUAGCACCAUCACUACCUCUCUGUUGGUCCCCACACAAGGCUCCCUGUUCACUCUGCGAGCCAAGCGGCCUGGCCUGGUUAUGCCUCUGCCUCCUGGAGAAGGAGGACAGGUAUCGGGAGAGGUCGUAGAGCUGAGUGUAAAGCCUCUUUCAUCGGACAGUGUACUGGUGAGUUGGCUGUGUCCACAGCCAGCACCCUCCUUCCGCCUUUCGUGGCUGAAGCUAGGUAGCACCGCAGCCCAUGGUUCAAUGACAGAGACUCUGGUUCCUGGAGAGAGAAGGCAGUAUCUUCUUACCCAACUCACCCCACGUUCCCAUUACUUCAUCUGCCUGCUGCCAAUGCGACAGGAGACUUCUUCUGGAGGCUCUAGCAUGGGUUCAUCCCGAGGUGGCAGCCCUGACACGGACAGUAAAGACUCUUCCUGUGCUCAGAUAGAGACUGGAGAGGCUUUGGUCAGCUCUGGAGGGGACGGUUCGGAGAAGGAGGGACAGGACUCAGAACUCACAGCCUUGCCACUUGCUGGGAUUAUAGGGGGUGCCACAGCAUUGGUAAGCCUGCUCUUAAUCUUUGGAAUCUUUUGCUGGUAUGGGCAGAGAUCAGGUUACAUGUCAGGGGACUCGGGCUCAUACAGCAGGGGCCGGGGAGGAAAAAAUUACGACGACUACGAGUCUGGGACAAAGAAAGACACUUCCAUUUUAGAGAUUAGGGCCCCACCUGCGGGGUUUCAGAUGACAGCUAUGGCCCAUCAACCCCUUCAGCCGAAGUUGGAGGAUGUCACCUACAUCCACACCAUUUUCCCCUCCUCUUCCUCUUCCUCCCAAGCUAACGGGACCAACCGGAGCAGCCAUGGCGCUGUCAGUCUCAAUGGCACCAUCCUCAGCCAAACCAGCCACCAUAAUGUAACUUAUGGCACCAACCGUGGUUACAGAGAGGGUGGCAUCCCUGACAUAGAUUAUGCCUACACGUGAUGACAGAGGGGCACACUCCCUGAGCCACGAGAGCUUCGCUGGCUAGUGACCACGCUGUCCUUGGUUUCCAAAGUACCCUCUGUGCCUCUGCUGGUUUAAUUCUGAUUGGUUUGCUUUGUAGAGAAGACUGACUUGAGCUAUGAUGACUGGACAAUGCUACUGAGUGAGCUCUAUUUCGACUACUGUAUAUUACAUAAUACAGUAGGACUUUACUUCAGCGCUACUUAUAGUUAUAAAUGGUUACAUUUUCUCUUUUGGAUAUCUCAAUGUCUUUCAAACCUACUAUUCUUCUCUGCUCAUGAUAAUACACAGUAACUUAUUUGAGGUUGAUAUACUAGGCUUAGCUGAUUUAGCAGGAGAUAUAUUUAUAAUAUGAGGAAAAGGCACUUGAUGUGUAUAGAGAUAGCACUCGUAUCUUCCUACCAACUGUAAGCUCUGUGCUGUAUAGAUAAAAGAAGUAACAGAAGGAGAAAUCAAUGGUUGUUAUAACCCACGGAUGACAAUGCAUCAUGGCUGACAUGAAAAGAUGUAUUCCUAGCCCCCUCCUUUCCUCUGGUUCACUCCCCUCCUUUUUAAUUUUUUCCUUCUUUUCACCUCUUCUUUUGGUUUUUGGCUGAGGCACUUUUCCCUUUAUUUCUCUCAUGUCUUUUGUGGUGCUGUGAGCAGAGGAUGACUUUGUUCUCGCCAAGGGAGCUGACAGCAGUGAUAACACUUCUGACAGAGAUGGGAGACACAAACCACAGCAUGGGAAGACUAAUGAGUGGGAGAAAGAGAGAGAGUGCGGUGGGGUGAUGGAUGGAUGGGUAGAUGGAGAAAGAGAACAUAAAAGACAGGGGUAGACAGAGAAGGGCGCUGUUUUGGGGCUGUAGUCGCUGAGAGAGGUGGGUGCUGAAGGCGGAUACUGAGACGGAGAAGAAAUAAAUGGGAGACAAGUUUUUUUUUUUUUUUUUUAAAGCUGUGUGACCAAUAAAGCAGCAGGCGACAUAAAAGAACAAAAGGAGAAGACUGUAGCGGAAAGGAGGGCUGACAAAUGGAAUAGUGUGACAUCAUUAUCUAUAAAGUGGUGAAGUUUUGCCCGUAGUGUAUCCACUUCACUGAACAAAUAUUUAAGUAACAACAGGCUGCAUGCUUCUUUUUCAGUCUGUUUUGAGUUGCUCUUGAUUCUCAUGAGUCCAAGGAUUAAUUAAAUAAAACAAAACAUGAAACACGAAAGCUAUAACUAGACAAUCAAACAGUAAAAUGAUUGCCAAGACCACAGGGCAAAUGACAACCUGCAGAACAGCUAUUAAAAACUUUAUCUCAGAGUUUAGCAGAGGAACUGCAUGAACCCUGUUUUAAUGAGGCCUGGUCUCAUUAUUAAAUUAUCUUUGCAAAUGAAGAGAAAGAAACUCAUACAUUUGUAACGGUUUUCCAUUUAUCUUCUAUUGGCCUUCUAAACCCUGGACAUUGAAAAUAAGUCAGAGCAGCUGAUCAUUUUCAGAGGGAAGUUGAACUGACUGGUGUAAUUACUCUUUUCUGAGACUCAUCCAUAACAAUAUGUGUGUUCAAGUUUCUUGAAAAGGUUAGUUGUUUUUGUUUUCUAUAUUGAUAUUUGAGGAAAAUAAAGACAGAAAUUAAAAAUACAAUUAUCCAUCAUAGUAAACGUGAUUGUGAUAUUCAUGUGUUGAUAUAGUGAUUGGAAAACUGAUUAUACAGCAAUUCACAGACAGGAAGGUGUAUUACUGGAUGUCUGUCAAUCACAUACAAAACAAACUGUAUAUUUCAUUAUAAUGUUCCAAUUUUUCAUCAAGGUAUGAAAAGAAAUCUGAGAUGAUACAGCCACAGGUACAGUUGAGUCCAGAGUGUAAUGGGUUUGGUGUUCAAUCGCUCAAGUUAUUAUUUCAUGGAAAAUGCCAAACGUUUUCAUUUCAGCUUUUUUGUUGCUAUUCUUUGUAGAAUCACAUUCUAAAAUGCCAAUAUUGAUGUUUUUUAGCAUAGUUAAGUGAGUAAGGAGGAAGUUUAAAGUAAUAGUUUCCCACUAUUUUCACAUGUUUAUGGACCAAAUAAUUAACCAGUUAAAUGAAAUCAACAGAUCAGUUGCAGCCUUAAAAAUUUCCACCAUUCCAUUGUCAUCAUCCCAGCAUAAGAAAAAAGGCGUCAUCUUGUUUUUAGUUGCAUUUAAAGUGUAAAGUAAAAUUUACUAAAUGAUGGUUAAAUUAUUAUUAAUCUGAUAGUCUAUCCGGUUACAUAUACUUGCGUACUCAGGUCGUCUAAUUUUUAGGCCUUAGCACAGAGUUAACACAAUCCUGUUUACAGAGAUCUCAGCCCGACCGAAACACUGUGCAUUUCAACUCAAGCACGGCCACAGGAAGGCAGCACCUUCUCUCUGACUGCCUCUAAUCAACCCCACUAAUAAAUCACUGAUGGAGGAGGAACUUCAAUGGAGUAUCAUUAAAUAGCCAGAGUUUAAAAGAGGAAGACGAGAAGGUAGAGAGGAAAGAGUAAAAAGGAUGUAGAGCGGACAUUUAGAUAGAGCCUGUAAGUGUUGAAACCCAUUCUUUCUUUCAGUAGCUCUCUUUCCUUUUCCCCCCGCCUGUGUUACUGUGUGCCCGUCAUAAUGGAGAGCUCCACUGUUAUUUUUUUGGUUUUGUUUAUGUCUGUAUUUGUUUUCGGGUUUCCAUUCAUUCUUUGUAGAAAUCCUUUUCCUUUUAAAGUCUCAUCCUGAGAUGUGAUGAUGAAAAACACUCUAAUGUAUAAACAUAAAAAUGGGUGCAAAAUGCUAUUCCAUUUAUUGGUCUGUCGUCUUUUUUUCUACGCAGAUGAAUAAAGACUUCUCAAAGGAAAAGCAGUUUUAUGUGUUUUCUUUGUGUGCGUGGGCUUCUGCCUUGGGGUUCAUCAAAGCAACUGGAAAAGCA